AUGAGGACGCUAUUUACAUUCUGUUGUCUCUUCCUUAUUACCGGCGGAGCGGACCGGGCGUGGGCGAGUGGAAAUCUGACAGUCGACGGCGGCAACGACACCAACCUGACGGCCGACAGCAGCAGCAGGUAUCUCAGGAUUGGGGACGACUCUUCGCAGGAAUUCGAGUUCCCUGAAAACACCAACGGCGUGAUUGUAAUCUCCAGCCGGUACAGAAGCUCAGCGGCCAGCAGGAAGGGCCGGCAGAGCUGGAAACAGACUGUGAAAGUCCGCUCCCUGGACCCGGACGUCCUCUCCAUUCUUAAUGUGACGGACAGUGGCCACGCAGGACCGGCCAGGAGCUACAUUAUCAGCAUCCGCUCCGGGUUCCCAGGUAGGGCUCAGCUUCAGAUCCAGCUGCUGGACCUGGACCAGGACUCGGUCCCGGUUCUGAUUGAGGAGAGGACAGACUAUUCAAUCAGAGUGGAGCCUGGGAAUGAUGACCCGGCCACCCGGCUCAUCCAGUCGGGUGGCCUAUCCCAUUUCUCAGAGAACCCUGUGCUGUUUGCCUUGCUGCCCCUUAUUUUUGUCAACAAGUGUGCCUUUGGGUGCAAGGUGGAGGUGGAGGUGCUGCGGGGUCUCCUCAAGAGCCCUGUACCUCUUCUCCUAGGGGUGCUGGGUCAAUUCCUGGUGAUGCCUUUGUAUGCUUACUGUGUUUCCCAGCUGGCCUCACUGCCCAAAGCUCUGUCCCUUGGCCUGGUCAUCACCUGCUCGGCCCCAGGUGGAGGAGGGGGCUACCUAUAUAGUCUGCUGCUGGGGGGAGACGUUACCCUGGCCAUAUCCAUGACCCUGGUGUCCACGGUAGUGGCAGCAGCAGCCAUGCCUUUGUCAUCAGCUCUCUAUGGGUGGCUGCUUGGGGUGCACGCCGCCUUGCAUGUGCCAUUUGUGAAGAUCCUGGGCACCCUCCUCUUCAUCGCAAUCCCCAUCUCAUUGGGGAUGAUGGUGAAGCUGCGGCUGCCCGCCCUCACACGUGUCCUGCUCAAACUCAUACGCCCGUUCAGCCUGGUGCUCAUCAUCGGUGGUAUCUUCAUGGCUUACCAAAUGGGUGCGUCCAUCCUGGCCAACGUGCGGCCUCAGAUUGUGGCAGUUGGGGUGACAGUGCCUUUGCUGGGGCUGGUGGUAGGGGCCGUCCUGGCCAAGCUGGCAGGCCUCCCCCCACCUCAGAGGAAGACGGUCAGCAUAGAGGUUGGUGUCCAGAACAGCCUGCUGGCCCUCGCUGUCAUGCAGCUGUCUUUUCGCAGGGAGGAGGCCGAUUUUGCAUCCCAAGCACCGUUCAUUGUGGCCCUCAGCAGCACCUCCGAGAUGCUGCUCAUUGUCCUGGGGUAUUUUGCUCAGCGGAAGUUGUGUGGGUCUGCAGUACCCAGGAGUGACGCCUGA